AUUUUUUCUUUUUUCUUAAAUCAUCAGAAGAAAGCUCUGUGGGGUAACACAUUUUGUUUCUUUUACUGCACCAGAUAAUUUCAGUAGAAUGAUGAAACUCAGAGUGUUCCUUGGGCUGCUCCUCAUGGAGAUGUGUUCAGCCUUGUAUGAAAAUGUGGCCUUGCGUGGAAAAGCGACCCAGUCAAAACGCUAUGUGCACGCAUUUGGUGCUGCCUAUAAUGCUAUUGAUGGAAACCGUGAAUCUGUCUUCGAUCAUGGAUCAUGUACCCACACUGCUGAAGAGACCAACCCCUGGUGGAGAGUCGACCUCCUGGAGUCCUACAUUGUCACCUCCAUCACCAUCACCAACAGAGGAGACUGCUGUGAACACAGGAUCGAUGGGCUGCAGAUCCGCAUAGGCAACUCUAUAAUAGACAAAGGCUUAAAAAACCCGUUGGUUGGUACAAUUGCUAAAAUUGGCGCAGCUGAAUCGUUCAGUCUGCCUUUCUCUGAUCGUGUGGAGGGACGUUAUGUGACUUUGGUUCUACCUGGUUCGGGAAAGUACCUUACACUCUGUGAAGUGGAAGUCUAUGGGUACCGUGCCCCAACUGGAGAGAACCUGGCACUCCAAGGAAAAGCCAUACAGUCUUCAUUGUAUUCCAUGGGCGCUGCAAAUAAUGCCAUAGAUGGGAAUCCAAGCAGCAAGUGGGAAGACAGCUCCUGCAGUCACACUAACAACGACAUCAGCCCCUGGUGGCGACUGGAUCUGCGCAAAACCCAUAAAGUGUUUUCUGUUAAGAUAACUAACAUAGAUUCAAACCCAGAACGACUCGAUGGAGCUGAGAUACGAAUUGGAGAUUCCCUUGCAAACAAUGGCAACGACAAUACCAGGUGUGCUGUGAUCACAAGUAUCCCGGCAGGCGGUGUUGCUGAAUUCCAGUGUAACGGGAUGGACGGUCGCUAUGUUAACAUUGUCAUUCCAGAAAGAGAGGAGUUCCUGACUCUGUGUGAGGUGGAAGUGUACGGCUCCAGACUGGAUUAGGCCUGACAAAGUUCAAAAUGAAUAACAGCGACAUUUUGCUCUUAUAUGUACUCGUAGUAACUGGAACAAUUUUCAAUGUAGUCAGAAAAAACAAAACAUGUAGUAACAAGUGGCAUAAUUUGUGUCUAAAUUACUUCCUCUUGAAUUCAUUAUCUCCUAGUAUGACAGAGAUUGCAUUGUGGGAUUUUUAGCAAGAAGUAGUGCACAUGCUAUGGACACCUGACUUUUGUUUCAUUGUGUGUUUUUCAACCGCACUACUUAGAGUCUUGUCAUUAAAACUGAAAAACAAUGAAAUCAUUAAAACAGCCUGCUUUAA